AUGUCGCAUGUUGACUUACACUCUGUGAACCUUUUGGCUCUUGUGGGAGAGUGGAAGGUGUCAUCUCACCACCAUCAUACCGUCAACUCCCCCACCAUCAUACCGUCAACUCCCCCACCAUCAUACCGUCAACUCCUCCACCAUCAUACCGUCAACUCCCCCACCAUCAUACCGUCAACUCCCCCACCAUCAUACCGUCAACUCCCCCACCAUCAUACCGUCAACUCCCCCACCAUCAUACCGUCAACUCCCCCACCAUCAUACCGUCAACUCCCCCACCAUCAUACCGUCAACUCCCCCACCAUCAUACCGUCAACUCCCCCACCCAUCAUACCAUCAACUCUCUCCCACCAUCAUACCGUCAACUCCCCCACCAUCAUACCGUCAACUCCCCCACCAUCAUACCGUCAACUCCCCCACCAUCAUACCGUCAACUCCCCCACCAUCAUACCAUCAACUCCCCCACCAUCAUACCGUCAACUCCCCCACCAUCAUACCGUCAACUCCCCCACCAUCAUACCAUCAACUCCCCCACCAUCAUACCGUCAACUCCCCACCAUCAUACCGUCAACUCCCCCACCAUCAUACCGUCAACUCCCCCACCAUCAUACCGUCAACUCCCCCACCAUCAUACCGUCAACUCCCCCACCAUCAUACCGUCAACUCCCCCACCAUCAUACCAUCAACUCCCCCACCAUCAUACCGUCAACUCCCCCACCAUCAUACCAUCAACUCCCCCACCAUCAUACCGUCAACUCCCCCACCAUCAUACCGUCAACUCCCCCACCAUCAUACCAUCAACUCCCCCACCAUCAUACCGUCAACUCCCCACCAUCAUACCAUCAACUCCCCCACCAUCAUACCAUCAACUCCCCCACCAUCAUACCGUCAACUCCCCCACCAUCAUACCGUCAACUCCCCCACCAUCAUACCGUCAACUCCCCCACCAUCAUACCGUCAACUCCCCCACCAUCAUACCGUCAACUCCCCCACCAUCAUAUCGUCAACUCCCCACCAUCAUACCGUCAACUUCCCCACCAUCAUACCGUCAACUCUCCCACCAUCAUACCAUCAACUCCCCCACCAUCAUACCGUCAACUCCCCCACCAUCAAACCGUCAACUCCCCACCAUCAUACCGUCAACUCCCCACCAUCAUACCGUCAACUCCCCACCAUCAUACCGUCAACUCCCCACCAUCAUACCGUCAACUCCCCACCAUCAUACCGUCAACUCCCCACCAUCAUACCGUCAACUCCCCCACCAUCAUACCAUCAACUCCCCCACCAUCAUACCGUCAACUCCCCACCAUCAUACCAUCAACUCCCCCACCAUCAUACCGUCAACUCCCCCACCAUCAUACCGUCAACUCCCCCACCAUCAUACCGUCAACUCCCCACCAUCAUACCGUCAACUCCCCCACCAUCAUACCGUCAACUCCCCCACCAUCAUACCGUCAACUCCCCCACCAUCAUACCGUCAACUCCCCCACCAUCAUACCGUCAACUCCCCCACCAUCAUACCGUCAACUCCCCCACCAUCAUACCGUCAACUCCCCCACCAUCAUACCGUCAACUCCCCCACCAUCAUACCGUCAACUCCCCCACCAUCAUACCGUCAACUCCCCCACCAUCAUACCGUCAACUCCCCCACCAUCAUACCGUCAACUCCCCCACCAUCAUACCAUCAACUCCCCCACAAUAAAAAAUUACUACAAGAACUCUUAG